GGUACUUAUGGUCCAGAUUGUUCCAUAGAGUGUUAUGAUACUGAUGACUGCUCUGGGCAUUACAUAUGCUCUGAUACUGGCUCUAAAGAUUGUAUGGAUGGCUGGGGAGGAGACAACUGCCAGGAAAGAACUGGGGAACCAUUUGAAUGCCUAGAUUAUAUCAAUACAACGAAUCAAGAUCUUAGAGGAUUCUGGGAUGGCAAUGUGUUAUGUGACUCAUACCUACCAUUUAAGUACACAUUGGAGGUAAAUGUGACCUCAGUAGUUGACAAACCAGAAGGAACAUUUCAGAUGAAAUUCAUAAAUGACACUGACUUGGCAGAAUAUACAAUUAGGGGGACAUAUUCUCAAGUAGACAGGAG